UGGAUUUGACUUUUUGUUGUGGAUGACAUCUUAGAGACCACGACGAGAUGGCAUCGUUUAAAGAUUGGCUCACAGUGACGUGGGCGCAAAGCGGGAUGCAGUUACAAGCGGAUGUGCCAGAUAGUGACGAUUCACUCAGGGGACGGUGCGGCAGAGCGGGCAGCCUCGCAGCGACACCUGGUGAGAAGCUAAUGGAAUUGCUGAGACCUAACCCUGGCACGCCAAGAAGACACUCCACAGCGGCCUGUGCACCACCACAACCCAGACCCUCGGGGUUCGUCUACUGUCCCUCGGAUGCAUUGCCUUACUGCCCACCUUCGAGACUGGCGCCCCCGCGGCUUGUAAAGUUACCACCGCCACCAGUUCAGCCAGUGCAACCACAGCCUCCUCCAGUGCCACAGAGAACUGCUCCUGUCGCUCCCCUGCCAGUACCACCUGCUCCACCCCGGCGGUCACCACAACCACCAAGAAGGGUCCCCCCACCUACACCCCCUAGACCCAUUCCUACAGACCCCAACGGCAAUCGUCGAAUACAAACGAAUCCUCCAAGAUUGGACUGCAACCGCACACCACAACCAACAAUACCGAGGCGGCCGCCACAGAAGAUGCCAGAUAACCCUCUGCCACAGACACAGAUCAAGCGCUCGCCGAGUUCAGGCUCAACUAUAAGCGUACGACAAGACUCUAAUGUUUCGUCAGACUCAUUUAGCCAAACCUCGUCACCUUCUUAUACAACAAAAACAAUGGAGGCACCAUUAUUGCCGCAGCAGCAUUUGAAUAAGAGUCUGAACGCGAAGAUAGCGCGUGGCCUCCUGCUUAAAGAACAACAAGAGAAAGAGAAUGCAAACUCAUCGAUUACAAAGAGUAUGUCAACGCCAGCGUCUCUUCAGACCAUUGUCCGAUUUCAGAAUGGCAGUAAUAUGUCGUUGCAUCAUCGGAUGUUGCGCGAUAUGCGAGGAUCCAGCACCAACAGCUCAGCACACAAAUUUCGCAUGAUGCAGCUCGCUCUGAAUGCAGUCGCACUAGUCGUUAUUACAGGGGCACUAUUUGCCUACUUCAGAGCAAACCCAGCAGUACAGUACGUCUCUCAAGUAGUCAACAAAUCUACGGUGGUGACAUGGCCUGUUCCAACAGAGCCUCCCGGAAGUCGCAACCCCGCGCCGGGUGUCUGUCUUCCCGUGAUUGUGAGCUUUUGCCAUCAACACAAAGUUUCAUACAACUACACCGUUUUCCCUAACUACAUUGGCCACUUUGGACAACGGGACGCUCAACAGGACUUGGAGAUCUAUGAUGCAGUAGUCGACGUCCGUUGCUACGAACUCACGGCGCUGUUCCUCUGUUCACUGUUUGUCCCGAAGUGUGGGCCAUUGGGGCAUAUGGUACGGCCUUGCAGAAGUCUUUGUCAAGAAACAAUGCGGCGUUGCGGUUUCUUCCUGGAAGUUUUCGGUCUGUCUAUGCCAGAUUAUCUGCAGUGUGAAAUCUUCCCUGAAUCAACGGAUACAGAUGUGUGUCUGGGGAACAGAGAAGUCAAAGAGGCAAGGCUCAGAGCUGAGAAACCAGUAUGCCAGUCCGGAUUCCAAUGUGAUGUGAACCGCUGCAUUCCUCACGACUGGCGUUGUGAUGGCCACGUAGACUGCGCCGAUCGUUCAGACGAACUCAACUGCCGUGUGUGCAAACGUUCUGGUGACGUCCAUUGUGGAAACCAACGAUGUAUUUCACAGACACACCUUUGUGACGGCAAAGUGGACUGCCCUUGGGGACAGGAUGAGCGUAAUUGCUUGCGUCUGAGUGAGUCAAAUGGAGACGUGGGUUCCGGUGAAGUACAGGUGUACCGUGCUGCUAACCAAUCCUGGUUCCCAGCCUGCCUCGCAGCAGCCCCUUUAGACCACCAUACGGCCUCUGAAAUCUGUUCCAUGCUUGGAUAUACAGUCGUCAAUAAAAGUCAAACAACUGGAUCGUCGCGCGCUGGGCGGCCUCACGCCUUAACGCCGAGCGCUCUUUUGGGCGGACAAGGUUCUCUAUUACAUGGAGUUGCACAAUCGUAUCGCGCCUUUCAAAGAAAGGAGGGAGGCUUGCUUCGGGAAAUGAAAGACUGCCGACACGACUCGCAUAGGAUUCAUCUCAUUUGUAAUAAUUAUGAAUGCGGCAAACGUCGUACUCUAGCUCCAGCAACAAAACGUAUCGUAGGAGGGGUAGAAGCGUCACCAGGGGACUGGCCCUUCCUUGCAGCUAUUCUUGGUGGACCAGAAGAAGUGUUUUACUGUGCUGGAGUACUCGUCGCUGACCAGUGGGUCCUGACAGCUUCACAUUGUGUUGGAAACCAUUCAGACGUCGACGGGUGGACUAUACAACUGGGUAUUACGCGUAGACGAAGUCAUGCAUAUUACGGACAGAAAGUGAAAGUACGAAGAGUGGUCCCACACCCACUAUAUAACGUUGGUGUGGCGCAUGAUAAUGACAUCGCCUUGUUUCAGUUGGCGGUUCGAGUUCGAUACCAUGAACACUUAUCCCCGGUAUGUUUACCACCUGCACGCCGAGCCCUUUUACCUGGAACACUCUGUACAGUCAUCGGUUGGGGAAAGCGUACUGACAAAGACAUGUCAGAAUACGAACCGGCAGUGAAUGAGGUGGAAGUACCUGUCCUCAACCGUGAUCUUUGUAACCAGUGGCUGGAACAUCGGGAUCUUAACGUGACUGAAGGGAUGAUCUGCGCAGGAUAUCCUGAAGGUGGCAAGGAUGCUUGCCAGGGUGAUUCAGGUGGUCCGUUGUUAUGUAAGGAUCCAGACGAUCCGUCGCGAUGGUACGUGGGAGGUAUUGUAUCUUGGGGCAUAAAAUGUGCCCAUCCCCGUCUGCCAGGCGUCUACGCCUACGUUCCCAAGUACAUUCCCUGGAUACAGAGACAGAUACAACAGUACAACGACGACAAAGCACCCUCAGAAUCAGACAUUUGAGGUUUCGACUAUUUGGUUAACAGAAAGCGCAACUACGGUAAUGAUUUUUAGUUCUAUAAAUUAUACAAAGUCAUUAGGCGAGUAUCUUUGCAUGUUUCAAAUGUCCAUUUAUACAGUUGCGUUUUCAAAGAUUUAUGGACUUGACAAUAAUAUUUGACUGUGAAUAAAUUUGUUGACAAUAAUCUGUGGCAAACGUAUUUAAUAUGACAAUAAAGUAUAGUAGAAUAGUAUAUUAAUUGAAAAUUAUUCUUAACGUAUGGAAAGAUAAUAUUUUAAAGGAUCACUCGUUUAUAGUGACGUCAUGCUGUAAGAACACAGGGCACCCGUCUUAUUUUUACCCUAAAAUUUACAUUAUUUAUUCGAAUUUUAAAUAAAGCGAAGAUGAAAUUUUUUAAAAUUAUACCAUUAAUAUAUAGUAGGCUAACAGUCAAUGAAAUAAUAUAUAUGGUAAAAAAAUCAGCUUCGAAAAAUUGAAAAUUGGACUCA